AAAAUGAAGUUCUGGACGUCGGAGCACAUUUUCAACCACCCGUGGGAGACAGUGACCAAGGCGGCAAUGCAGAAGUACCCCAACCCCAUGAAUCCCAGUGUGUUUGGUGUGGAUGUUCUAGACAGAAGCGUGGACACAGAGGGACGGCUACACAGCACCAGACUGCUCAGCACAGAGUGGGGGCUCCCCUCCAUAGCCAAGUCUCUCAUUGGGGUAACAAGAACAUGCACAUAUGUCCAGGAACAUUCAGUAGUGGACCCCAAAGAGAAGACCUUCAAGUUGAAAUCUACAAAUAUCUCCUUCACUAAUCUGGUAUCUGUAGAUGAGAAGCUGACAUACAAGCCUCAUCCACAGGAUCCUGAAAGGACUGUGUUGACACAGGAGGCUCUAAUCAGUGUCAAAGGCAUCAGUUUGAGCAGCUACCUCGAAGGCCUGAUGGCCAAGACCAUCUCUGUCAACGCCAGCAAGGGUCGGGAGGCAAUGGAGUGGGUCAUCAGACGACUAAACACGGAAAUUGAGCAGCUGGCGGCAACCGCCUGUGGUACGAUGCGUGCUCCCAUGGCAGCAGCUGCUGCAGACAAAUGAUCCCGGCCUUCGCUGCCUCCUCCUCCAUCAUGAACUGAUGGAUUUCUUAGACACUUUCCCCUCAAAGGGGACCUCUCAUCUGCCAGCACAGCCUAAUAACCACAGAACCAUCCUCUGACCCUAUGUACGUUUGUUUGUUUGUAUGUCACAAGAGCUCAGUCUCUCAACAGACUGAGUUUGGUACUUGCCGCUGUGGGCGGUGAUGGGGAGUGUUGAGCUGAUGACAGU